UCGGUGAUUGGACUACUGGAAGCUGGGAGGUGGGGGCUGGAAGGAGGCGGAGAAAAAGCGGGCCUAGUGCCGCUAUGGCAACCCCAGCGCUUGAGGCUUGAAGAGGGAACCUUGCUAAAAGAGGGGUAGUCCUUCUUGGGGGAGAGCACUCCAUUAUUUCAUGAUGGCAUUUGCCCCUCCGAAAAGCAUAGAGGGCCCCAAGAUGCAGACGAAGAUGAGCACCUGGACACCACUAAACCAUCAGCUUUUGAAUGACCGGGUAUUUGAAGAAAGAAGAGCUCUGCUUGGAAAAUGGUUUGACAAAUGGACAGACUCCCAAAGGAGAAGAAUCCUAGCCAGCCUGUUGGAGCGCUGCUCGUUGUCCCAGCAGAAAUUCUGCUGUCGAAAGCUUCAGGAAAAAAUCCCAGCAGAAGCCCUGGAUUUUACUACCAAGCUCCCGAGGGUAUUAUCUGUGUACAUCUUCUCCUUCCUGGACCCCCGAAGCCUUUGUCGCUGUGCACAGGUGAGCUGGCACUGGAAGAACUUAGCGGAACUGGACCAGCUGUGGAUGUUGAAAUGCUUACGGUUUAACUGGUGCAUCACUUUCUCCCCAAGCCCCUUUGAGCAGGGGAUAUGGAAGAAGCACUAUAUUCAAAUGGUGAAAAAGCUUCAUGUCACCAAGCCCAAGACACCUCCAAAAGACAGCUUUGUCAUCGCCAAUGUUCAGCCAGUUGCAAGCAGCUCUCCAGGGGAUAAGCAGUCCCCUUUUUGGUCCUCCUCCACAAGGAAAAAGAAUAACCCAGGGGAGAAGGAGCCUCCUCCCUGGCGAUCCUCUGACAAGCAUCCAACGGAUAUCAUUCGUUUUAAUUAUCUGGACAACUGUGAUCCCUUCCAGCCCAGCUCCCAAGGAAGAAGAAAAAGAAAUGAAAUGACCCCAGAUUUCAGUCGACAGUCACACGAUAAGAAAAGUAAGCCACAGGACCGAGUGAGACUAAGAAAAGCUCAGUCCCUGACAAGGUCCCCGGGGGCUGCUUUAGCUGCAACCUUAGUUACAACUGGCUUCAUCUCACCACUUUGUGCUGUGAAUGACCAGCAGAAGAUGGGAUGAAAGCGUACAUUUGAUUGAUGUCCCUCAGUUCCAGUUCACCUCUAAAACCUCCAGCUCAUCUUGCUUGGCCUCCUCAUCCAUCCGUGGGGCCCUCCAGCCCCUGGAGCAGCAACUGAAAUCCUCAUGCAGCACUUCUGGAGGCACCCUGGGCUUCAGUUGCUCCCCACCCAAAGCCAGAGCUGAUUUGAACAUGGGAAAGGACUCUAUAGGAAUGACAAGAUGCUCUACACUGUGGAGAGUUGGCGUCCACCUCGCUCUUCUAUUAGAAACCUUUUAGGUUGAAGUACUUUGUUGUGAACGUGAGUCCUACAGUAUCUCAGUAAGGAAAGAAUGCAUAGUACAAGCCAGUGAGGUGGCGCAUGCCUGUACUCCCAGAUGCUCAGAAGGCUGAGGCAAGGAGGGUUGCAAAUGCAGGGCCUGCCUGGGCAACUUAGUGACAGCCUGUCUCCAAGUAAACUCCAGAGGACCGGGAUGUAGCUCAGUGCCAGAGGGUUGGCCUAGCAAGCGGGAGGCCCUGGUUUGAUCUCAUGACAUAAACCUCAACAAUUAACUUAGAACAUGGAGGUAGGUACUUUGGGUUGAGGAAGGGACAGCAGAUGGCCAUUGGUAAUACUGAGUAGGGAAGGAGGAAAAUAGCAGCUUCACGAAGCAGCUCUUUAUCAUGGGGGCUUAGUUUGUGAGGGUGGCCCUCACAGCUGUGGAGGCUGGAAGCCCAAGACCUGGGUGUCAGCAGGGCAGCCUCUUCUGAAGCCUGUGUACUUGGCUCACAGAUGGCCAUCGUCCCGGUGUCUGUCCAUGGGCUCUCUUCAGUGUGUGCCUGUAUCCUGAUCUCUAGGGGCCCAGUUGUAGUGCAUCACCUCGAGGAGCCCCAGUGACCUCUUAAGGCCCCUCUCAAACACAGUGCCCCCCGGGACUUGGGGAGUGAGGACUUCAGCAUAGCAGUGUGCAGGGGACACGAUCCAGUCCCUAACGUGCAGCUUCUGGAGAGUCCAGAAGGGACAGCAAGGCAUCCGGACAUGGGCCACAGCAGAAGCAGCCAAGGGGAGAGAAUGGAGGUCCCAGAACCAGCUGGAGCCAUAACCACCCGAGCAGGGCCACCAGACUGAUGUGUGUCAUGGGGUGAAGGACCGAACCCACUGUCAAGCUGAGAGCACCAGCGAGGGACCAGACCUGCUCUCCCACCACACUUCCUUACCCCUCCCUCCAUCCACAUGGGCUUCAGAGUCACCAGAAACAGGAAAUGUCUCUCAGCUGCAAAUAGUAGUCAUGCACUCUAAACCGAUCUACCCCUGCAGCCAUGGCCAUGUCCUAGAAGUUACCAUUCUGGGGUACUCGUUCACCUAGGGAGAGCAGAAUAAUGGAGAAGAAAAAUGCUUGCCAAUCACACCAUGCCCAACCCUUCUGUUCCUAUACGUCAAUACUGUGUAUAUAUUUUGACUGGUUUAACACAGUAGCCCGGGGAGGUGUAACAUAGGACAGUGGUUUGGAUGUCUAAGUGAUGGGCAGGGGCAAAACAUGACCAAAUUACAAUCGAUUUGUUGCCACCACCCAGCAUGGCACUAACGUGUCACCCUGCACUGAGACCUGUGUCCUUCCCGAGGCAAAGCAGAUGGCUAAUGGGAAGGGUGUCUAUUCCUGAAGACCCAGCUGCACAGUCUGCCCCAGGAGCCAUGGGCAGAUGCAGAAGCUGGGGUGGCCUGCAGCUCCACGUGUUUGUACCUCUUUGGCCCUGGCUACCCUUAGAUUACGUCAGGAGCCAGUCACAUUAUGGGCUGACGUUUGGGCCAGACUGGAGUCUGCCCCUGGUUCCUUGUGGAAUAAAACAAGAACUUCCAAGCCAGUGAACUUUCAAGAGAAAGAAGGCCUCAUCCAGAACUAGCAGAGGCAUCUUGUCUUCGGCUACAUUUGUCUAUUCCUGUGGAACGAGCCAGCCCCACCUUACUUGCUGCAGCAAGAAGUUGGUAAUUUUUCCUGUGAAUCUGUGUUUUGGGCAAGGCUCUGUAGGAAUCUCGCCUCAGACCCACGAGGCACUCUGGUCCUCUCCUCGGAGGGCGGAACGACGCAGUUCCAAGAUAGCAGAGGGACGUGGUCCGAAGCUGUCGCCAUCUACCGGUCGCUGAGCCAGGGCUGUGGGUGGGCUGUCUGCUCCCGUCCUUGUGGCCUGGGGCUCUCACAGAGUGGGAGCGAGCCCGGUGGAACCUGAAUCCCCCGUGAGGUUCCAGUCUUGGGAGACUCACAGGGUCAUUUCCACCAUCCUCAGCUGGAGAGGCUUGUCCGACUUGCAGCAGAAGGGACCCAGACCCAGGAAGGCUGGGAGGUCCGGGAAGAGCUUGUGAGAUGGGAAACAUUUGUGCAAACGUUUUGGAAUAGACUCUUGGCUUCCAGAUGGUUCCCUGUGUGACCCUUACCUGUCCAUAGGUCAUGGCACAGUGCCAUGAACUGGGGAAUAAUUGAAAAAGAUACUGCUAUUCAUGAAUUCAGCAAACUUUUAAAAUACAGUGCCUACCAUGUGCCAGACUCUGCUAGAUUCUGGAAUACAGCCAUCCCUCAGAAUCUAACGUGUUUUGUUCUAGGACAACUAUGGCUACCAAAAAUCAAACGAUGCUCAAGUCCGUUAUAUGCAAAUAAUUUGCAUAUGGCUUACCGACAUACUCCCAUAUACUUUAUUUAUUUUUAUUUCUUUCGGUGCUUGGGAUUGAACUCAAGAUCUCUUCGUGGUAAGCACUGGGCUGUACUGUUGAGCUACAUCCUAGCUCCUUCUGUGUACUUUGAAUUAUUUCUAAAUAACUUUUUUUGUUUUUUGUUUUUUUGAGACAGGAUCUUGCUCUGUAAUUUAGGCUGGCCUUAAACUCACUAUGUAGCCCAGGUUGGCCUUGAACUCGUGGGAAUCCUCCUGCCUCAGCCUCCUGCUUGCUGGUAUUACAGAUAUGCACCACUACCAUGCCCAGCUCUUGAUACUUUAGAAUCCCUUAUAUGAUGUAAAUGCUCUGGAAAUAGUUUUUCUGCUGUUCUAUUUAGAGAAUAAUGACAAGAAAAGAAACUCUACCCGCUCAGCACAGAUGUACCAUGCAGGCCUAACUACAUCACACAUGUUAGCAAUAACAUAACUAGUUUUUUUUCUAAUUUUUUGAUUCCUGAUUGGUUGAACCAAGGAUGAAAACCCCAUUAAAUCAGAGGGCCUGUGUGGGUGUGAAGGAAACACCUGUCCCUCUUUUUAAUGGGAUUAUUAUGUCUGGGAAGUAAAGCAGUUGCUAUAAUACAGUGGUAGCUGUGAGGAACAGAAGCUCAUUGAAGGAACACAGGAGCGGCUCCAUGUUGAGUUACAGGAGCGACAUCCAAGCAGAAACCCCAAGGUGAGUCGGACUUAGCAAACGGGAAGUGAGGUGGGGUAUGGAGGGGGAGCGUCCUUGAGAUGCAAUAAGAGAUUGAAAGGUGGAGCAUUCCGGUUUGCCCAGGGCUGGCUGGGGUUUAGCACUGAAACCCCAGCCCCAGAAGCGCCCCAGCUAUGGUGAGUUACCCUUGGGACUGCGACUGCCCCUCGAGGGUCGGAGCCUGGAGGAGGAGGGGCUGGAGAGAGAGCGAGCUGGAAAGUAGCGCAGAGUCCACACAGGAAGUGAGGCCAUGCUGGGGCGUUCAGGCUUCUCCUUGGUUGGUAAACGAUCAGUAAGGGCUUUGACUCAGGAGGAGACUUGCUAAGACUUGCACUGAGACGGUGCUCCGCUUCUGGGGAAGUCAGAGGGGACAGUACCGGAGGUCAGCCCCACAGGAGGACGCCGCGCGUUUCUAGGGAAGAGAUGAUGGUGACUGAAGUCGAGGAAGGGGUGGCAACAACCAGAAGGGUGUGGACUGUCUUCAAACAAAGAGCAGAACUUAGAGAUGAGAGACGGUGGAUGAGAGAAGAGAAACUGAGAAGCCCUCCCAGACUUCUGGCUCGAGGAGCUGGAAAAAGUCUCAGGAAUCAGAUAGGCUGGUUAGGAAAUAGCUUCCCCACGCAGUCCUACACCUGCACCUGAACAAAGUGCCCAUUCUCUGCUGCCCGGGUGUUGCUUAUUGUGCAACUGUCUUAAAAAUCUGUCUUGGGCAGGAGGUUCGGGGUGCUGGGGGGCAAAGGAGCCAGGGAGCCAUUAAACCAGGUACUGCGUAAGCUGUUUUGUACUUGAUCUUAUUUACUUUCCUUAUGAGGGAGGUAUUGUUCUCACCUUACAAUGCAGAAUUUGGGAUAAAAAAUGUGGUCAAGGUGGCUAUGGCUACAAAGAAACAGAGCUGGGAUUGAAACCCAGAUGUAUUUGACUCCAAAGAGCCUCUCUUUUGAGCCAGGCAUCGUGGCGCACGCCUGUGAUCCCAGCAAGCAGGAGGCUGAGGCAGGAGGAUUACCACGAGUUCGAGGCCAGCCUGAGCUAUAUAGCAAGACCCUGUCUCCAAAACAAAACAAAAUAAACAAACAAAAACUUGCUCUUUCCACCUCACAGCUCCCACAGUGGACUCGAGUUUCUUCCUGAUUGGCUGUCUUCACACCUCGGCCAUGCUUCAAAGCCACUUCAUUCAGCUCUGGGCUGGGAAGGGACACCCUACAAAGAGGGGUGAGCACCAUAGGGGGAAGGAAGGAUGCAGACCAAGGGACAAGGGUGUCACCCUGGGUCUUCCAGGAACAGGGGUUUCAGGGAAUUUCUGAAGCCUUUGUACCUUGUCCUGACUCUGACUGCAGAAACUCUACUACCAGGGGACCUUUCUCAUUAUCUUUGUAGGCAUCAGGGUGAGGGACGCUAUGGAGACCAUGUCCCUGUGACUGCCAGUUGAGGAAAGAGGGGGUUUUCAGAGAUAAAACUCAAGAGAUAAAUGGAAAGGAAAUGAAAGCAGUGCGACAAAGAGACGUCUGAGUCCCUGUGUUUACUACAGCAUAAGUCACAACAGCCAAAUAUGGGAUCGACAUGAGCGUUCAUUGAUGGGUGAAUGGAUAAACACAAUGGAAUACUAUUCAGCCACCAACAAAGUGGAAUCCUGUCAUGUGUGACAAUAUGGAUGGAACCAUAGGACAUUACGUUAGUCAAAAUAAGCCAGGCACAGAAAGACAGAUACUG